GGUUUGACAACAAGCAGCAUGUUACGAAUGCUUGCUAACUGUCGGUGUCCUAAAGUUACAUCGUUAUUAUAGAUGGUUCGCCAUAAAAAAAAAAAAAUUGCACAAAUUCAUACAAUUUCACUGGUACGUUGCUAAGGUUUGUCUUCUUUCUUCUGUGGGUAAGGAUAGAAUGCACAUCUUAAUGCUAAAGUCGGCUAACCAUUAAAGGUCAGUGAGAUAGAUGACAGUCCACUCACUGUAGGGACAGGUAAAGCUGUGGCAACCACUACCUACCAGUGCUCGUUUUUGGCUAGCGUUGCGCAUAUUGAGAACUUGCUUCUCUACAUCUUGCAGCUGACAAGCAUCUGUUAGAGCUGCAGAAAUGUCCUCGGCUCCAACGAAAGAAGAGAGACGAGUUUGUUGGGCGGCACGAGAUGAGCUCUGGAAGUGUCUGGACAUCACUAAGGACAACACAGAGGCGUGUAAAAAGUUCCAGGAGGAGUUUGAGAAACAGUGUCCAGCGCAGUGGGUGAGAUACUUCGCUAAAAGGCGGGACUUCCUGAAGUACAAGGAUAAGCUUCAGAAGGGAGGGUUUGAUGAGCCUGCAGAUGGGGCACCCAAUCCAUAGCUUUUGGAAUUUGAACUGCUUUGACACAAAAUGGAGGACUGCAUUGGGACCACAGCUUCAUGGACUGCACUCCCAAUGCCAGUAGGGUGUGAGUAACUGCUGCUCAAUGAACAGAGCCGUAAUGGUAUCUCACUGAUUGUGACCUGAGACUACAGAAUGAUUCAUUUCAACUGUGUGCUUGAGUUAAUAUAUUCGGUUUGAUGUCAGCUACUGUUAUUCGCUCAGUUUUAAUGAAGAGACCUACACAUUGACUGGAUAUGUGUGUUUGAACAUAGCACGUUUAUUUAUCAAGGAUGAAAACACCUCUGCAGUCCACACCAGGGGGGUAUUCCAAGUAUGUGGUUUAGUGACAAACCUGGGUAAGUUAACUCAGAGUAAGGGGUAAACCUCCUAAUAGAAGAGCUGUAUGGCUUCAUUCUCCUCACAAAACAAUGCCAUAGGGCUCUUGUUGUAGGAGGUUUCCCACUUACUCUGAGUUAACUUAACCAGGUUUGUCACUAAACCACGUACUUAGAAUACCCCCCAGGUGAAUACAAUGUUGUGUGGUGGUGGUGAGGAUAAGUAGUUUUGAAUUAAAAACAGGGGAAACCA